AUGAAGAGGAGAAACUUAGGUGUAUCUCAUGAUGCUUCAAAAUUGACAAAGAAAAGAUUUAAAACAAAAGAGCUCCAUGUUAUUGAUUCUGAUGUUGAUGCUAAUGAUAGUUUAAUGGGAACAAGCAGUAAAAUCAACAACAACAAUAAUAGGUACACUCUAGGUUGA